GCUUGGGUUGACAGGUUAGGCAGGACAUCAGUUUGAGGAAAAAUGUUUGAGCAGAGUAACCAAGAAUAUAUGAUAAAAAAAGUGCUACAGAAAAGGAAUGCAUGUCAGAAGAAAUAUGUUCAGAAGAUAUGAUUAAAGAAUACAGCAAGUAUCUGUUUUGUUUGCGACCACAGAAUCAGAAACCCUUUGUCUCAAGGAUGGAUGGUGCCUUCCAGUUAGAUAAAAAAAGGACAACCAUAGUUCCUCAAACUAAUGUUUUGCAAGUGAAACCUCUGUCUUCUUGCUCUUGAAGUCGCAGGAUAUGUGCCCCCCACAAAAGGCCAGGUCUGAUUCUAGAAGACCAGGUUUAAUAUUUGAUUGGGGCCAUACUUUUCAGUCUACAAAAAUAAAAAAAACCCUAAACAAUGUCUCAAGCAUGCAUGUCCUGACAUCAAUUAUGGUUUUCUGUACACUAGAAAAUGAAGUGUCCCCACUCUGGUCAAUUACAUCCAUAUGAAUGGAUGUAUCAUCUGCUAACCCACAUCAGCAUAAGUUGGAAAGAAGGUUCUAAUGGUGGUGAUCUGUCUGCUUCUGUGACUUAAUCUGACAUGUUUUCACUGUACACAAUGCUUUGUGCCACAUAAUUAGGUGAGGCACUCAUUGGACCUGCUACUAUUCUGCUCCCCAGAGUAUUAUUUGCUCCAACUUUGAUCAAAGUAUAGUGUUUGGAAGUAGAAUUAGCAUGAUUGCAGUAUAUCAAAGACAGUCGUUCAUGUCCAGAGAACCGAUAUCUUGGCCAGGAUUGGAUUCAUUGAAUCAAGUUGCAAGACUAUUCCUUCAACCAAAUCAUGAUGUGAUAUCAAAUCAGAAAGCAGCAGGAGAUUCUUGUAUUCACUUGGUUUUAUCUGUAUUAUAUUGAGGACUGCUUUGAAUACCAUCAGUCUUGUUUGUGGAAGUGUCACACCAAGCAGAAAAAAUCAGAGAGUUCCUUCCUACCCUUGGUUUGGUGGACAGACCUUGAAACUGAAGUCUUCACGACACCUUUUAUGUCCUCCAUGGUCUCUCUUGCCAUUGGCAAAGUCAAGGGUCAGCCUCGGCAUUUUCCUCACGCCAGGGCAGAAAUGGCCCUUAAAUUUGGUGGAGCAGUUGGUAUGACAUGAAUAAUUGGCUUCUGCUCCCUCCCUUGGCCUCUUUGAGCUCUUCUUCCUUGGCGACAUCCUUGUUAGCUGCUCCGACAUGGGAAUCCAUGGGACCGUUCACCUUUACUGAUCGAGUUGCACUUCACCUGUCAAGAGGCUUCACCAUCUCUGCAGGAUGUCGAAGGCCUCAUUGUGGAGUCUUCUUCUGCCGGGAUGCUAUGGAAGCGGUCACAAACAGCGGUCGAAGAAGCAGAUACCAAUCCAGCGGCUGUCCUUCUCCGACGUCAGUUCCUCCACUGGCGUGUUAUCCCCGGAGGACCUGUCCAUAUCUCUGGUGGGAUCGAAUCUCUAUGUCUUCACCUUGGCUGAGCUGAAGGAGGCGACGCAGAGCUUCUCCGUCGGCAACUUCCUCGGAGAAGGUGGCUUCGGGCCCGUCUACAGAGGCUUCGUUGACGAGAAGGUGAAGCCCGGGCUGAAGUCACAGCCGGUUGCGGUGAAGCUCCUGGACUUGGAUGGCGGGCAGGGCCACAAGGAAUGGCUGGCCGAAGUGCUUGUUCUCGGACGACUGCGGCAUCCCCACCUCGUGAAGUUGAUCGGGUACUGCUGCGAGGAGGAACACCGGCUGCUGGUGUACGAGUUCAUGCCUCGGGGCAGCUUGGAGAACCAUCUCUUCAAAAGAUAUUAUACCCCUUUGCCCUGGUUAGUGCGAUUAAGGAUCGCCGUGGGAGCUGCCAAGGGCUUAGGUUUUCUCCACGACUCUGAUAAGCCGGUGAUCUACCGGGAUUUUAAAGCUUCAAACAUCUUAUUAGACUCGUUUCAGGACUACAAGGCAAGGCUCUCAGACUUUGGCCUCGCCAAGGACGGUCCGGAAGGAGACGACACACACGUCUCCACCCGAGUCAUGGGCACUCAUGGCUACGCUGCACCGGAGUACAUCAUGACUGGCCACCUCACGGCCAAGAGCGACGUCUACAGCUUCGGCGUCGUCCUGCUGGAGCUGUUGACGGGGAGGCGGUGCGUCGACAAGGCGCGGCCGAGCAGAGAGCAGAACCUCGUGGAGUGGGCGCGACCGUGUCUCAGUGAUUCACGGAAGCUGUACCGCAUCAUGGACCCCGGCCUCGAGGGCCAGUACUCCACCCAGGGAGCUCAGAGGGCCGCGGCGGUGGUCUACCAGUGCUUGAGCCAGAGUCCCAAGUCCCGACCUCACAUGUCGGCCAUCGUCGAGGCCUUGGAGCCGCUCUUGGACAUGAACGAUGUGCUACUAGGCACCUUCGUUUACGUAGCACCAGUCGCAGAGAACGGUAGCGAAGAAGGAACUGAGACGGUGGGCAUGAAGGAGAAUGGCCUCCGCCGCCAAGGCCACAUGCACAAGCUGAGGUCCCCAAAGCCCGGGAAGCUCUCUGAUGUCCUUUGCAGGGAAGUAGGGAGUCGAGUGCGCAGGAACUCACCCAUGCAUCACAAGAAGAACGACUCAUAAGCCUUCAGAAACAAUGAUCUUGCUGUCCAGCUCUCAAAACCACUGCUGCUGCUGCUGCUGCUGGUGGUGAAGAGAUGUAAAUGACUGAAUUUAGAAAAUAAAAGCAUGAUGGAAAGAAAAAAAUUGAAUCAUGUAAACAAGAGAGAACUAAAAAAAAAAGAAGAGGAAAGAUUCAAAUGCUUACAGAGAUUAUUGCAGAAGGUCAUGUCAUGUUCAUGAAAGGUGUGCCACUUUCAACAUGACAAGCAGUUCGAUGCUUUUGCUAAGCAAGGGUCAAGAGUUGUGAAUGAUUAAUAUAUUAAGAUAAGAUUGAUGAUGCCAAUCUUAUCUUAUAUGUUCUAAUAGUUCUGAUUUACUUGAA